AUGGGACUUUUUAGCAGAAGUAAACAAAGCAUUCAAAAUCCUGAAGAUUGUAUUCCUUGUGAUAAGUUCAUUAGAACCCCACCUGAACAGUACGAAAAGCCAGAUGGAAUUGAACCGAUAACAAGUGCACAGCAUGAGAAAUAUCUAUCCGUGUUACAUUACUUCCAAGAGAAUAAUCUGUUACUUCCGGUGAAAUCCGGUCGUAAUUCUGAGGGUGCUGAAACUCUUGAACUUUGUGAUUGGGAAAAAUUCUGGAUCACUCGUGAAUGCAUUUUGAGGUACCUAAGGGCGACUUCAUGGAAUGUCGAGACUGCGAUCUCUCGGAUUUGCAAGACCAUUGUAUGGAGGCGAGAGUUCAAGGUUACUGGUGACAAAUCGGUGGAAAACCGUUUAGACGCCGACACAGUUGAAAACGAAAACCGCACGGGCAAGCAAUUAAUGCUUGGAUUUGACCGCGAGCGUCGCCCUAUUUACAUGAUGAAAAAUGGUAGACAGAACACGGAGCCUUCAUUUAGUCAGGUACAGCAUUUAGUGUAUUUUAUGGAGUGUGUCAUCACCAUGAUGCCGCAGGGUGUCGAGCUUCUUGUGUUACUAAUUGAUUACAAACACUAUAAGGAACCUGGUAUCAUCAGCGCGAGCUCACCACCAAUAUCGCUAGCAAGGCAGAUACUGAAUAUUAUCCAGGAUCAUUACCCAGAACGUCUUGGGAAAGCGUUGUUUGUUAAUAUGCCGUGGUAUGGCUGGACCUUUUUGAAACUAAUGCAUCCUUUCAUAGACCCCACUACAAGAUCCAAACUGGUGUACGAUAAACCCCUUGUUAAUUAUGUUGACGAAGACCAACUGGAGGUUAACUAUGGUGGUAAAUUAGAUUUCGUUUACAAUCAUGACAUAUAUUGGCCAGAUUUUACUGAAGCAGUGGAGGAACGUCAACAGAACCAGUUCCAAAGGUUCUUAAAGUUUGGCGGCUGCGUCGGGCUUAGCGAAUUUGACAUAAAGGGUGAUCACGACGAGUUGCUUUACCCCCCUGACUAUAAACAUACUAUAUGA